AUGAACCAUUCCAAGUGCAUGAGGAACCUAGCACCUGUGGAAAAAGACACGGGCGAAGAAGACGAUGUCAAGAAACUCAUCGAAGCUCUCAACAAAAGUUUUGCUCCAAAACGAACGAAAGCGUACGAAAAACAUGCAAAGCAAAAAGAUGGUGAGUCGACGGAUCAGUACCACGCCCGGUUACAACUUCUUGUGGCAAACUGCAAUUAUGCCAACCCUGAUGAGGAAGUUUGCACACAAAUCAUUGAACACUGUACGUCGCAGAGAUUAAGACGGCGAGCAUUGAGAGAAGACAUGAAGCUAGAAGACUUGUUAAACUUUGCCAGAGCGAUGGAAGUCUCUGAGUCUCAGGCUGCGGACAUCGAGGGCAACCUGCAUGCGUCAACAAUCAACGCAAUUAGCCGAGGCUUCAAGUCUAAACAUAAUAAACGUGGAAAACCAAAACGGGUGGCCGUCAAUGAAUCGCGAUCAACCUCUCGAUUAUGCUACUUUUGUAGUGGCAAUUAUCCUCAUGGCAGACCGUGCCCGGCAAAAGGCAAGAAAUGUAAAUCAUGCGGGAAAGAUGGACAUUUUGCCAAAGUUUGCAGAUCCAAACCAAAAAGGAAAGAGACUGCAAACCAAAACGAUCUAUAA